UAGGUCUCAAUAGAAUCUUACUGCUCGCUAUUGGCUUGUGGCCAUAUCAACAAUCCAGACUCACUCGAUUUCAAUUUAAUCUUCUCUUUACUAUUUUGAUGACGAGUAUUAUAUUUCAAAUCUCAUCGCCAUGGUUCUGUCUUCCGUAUCUUUUUUUAUUAUUUGUAUAAUAAUAUAUUACUCAUUUCGUGUUAAUAUCAAAGUUGUAAAGAAGUUGUUGAUACAACUUCAGCACGUAUGUAACGAAUUAAGAGAUAAAAACGAAAUCGUUAUUAUAGAAAAAUAUGGCUAUAUUGCGAAAUGUUAUACGGUUGCACUUACGGUAACUGGUAUAUGCACAGUUAGUAUUAUAAUUCAACUUUUGACUUUGUCUGAUGAUGUUCCAUCGACGAACGUAACUCGACCACGUCGCAUGCAACUCGUAACGGAAUAUUUUGUAGAUCAGGAAAAAUAUUUCUUUUUAAUUCUGCUACAUACAAACACAGCAGUAUGUAUAGGCUUAACUGCGAUGAUAGCAACCGGAACAAUGUUUAUUGCAUACUUUAAAUUUAUUUGUGGAAUGUUUAAAAUCUCCAGUUAUCGUAUUGAACGCGCAGUGAAAAUCAACAUUCUGCAAAAUAUUACGUUGAAAAACAAAACUUUAAGAUCUGAGGACUUAAUUAGCGCUGUAGAUAUUCAUCGGCAAGCCAUACAAUUAUCUAAACAGUUCGUGUCCAAAUUUGUGAUAAUGUUCUUCUGUUUAGCAUAUGUGUUUGUAAUUGCAUUGUGUUUCAACUUUGUUCGAAUUUUUCAGAUUGUGUGUACCAAACAAGCUGCUACGAAAAUUAUACUGCCUAUACUAUGUGCAUCUAUUAAUAUCUUAUAUUUGUUUAUAUCAAAUUAUCUUGGGCAAAAUUUGACAGAUUACAAUAAUUGCGUAUUUGAUACUGUAUACAGAGUAGAAUGGUACGUAACUCCUUUACACAUCCAGAGAAUCAUACUCUUCUUGUUGCUAAAAGGCGCCAAAAAUUAUACUUUGAAUAUCGGAUUUUUUACUCCAUCUUUAGAGUGCUUUGCCAUGUUGGUGAAAGCAUCGGUAUCUUACUUUACUGUUGUACUAUCUACACAGUGACAAGAUAAAAAUAAAUUAAGUAAACCCAUGAGACAGAA